GGAAGGCGGGCACAUUGCUGCCGUGCCCGUCCAUCCGGAAUCCGAGAGAGGCCUGGAGCCCAGGGUCGGGGCAGAAGAGGGGACCGAGGGAAACUGUUCCGGCGGUUAACCUCUGACCUGCCUUCUCCGAGGCCGCAACAUUCCUCUAGUAAGAUGGCGGCGGAAAGCAUGUCGGUGGCUGGGAGAAGCGGCGGCAAGAGCGGGGGAAAUAAGAGGUCAGCUCCAGCGCUGGAGCCCGAGGAGCAGCUUCCCAUCUUUGAGAACUCAGCACUUGAUGAGGAUGCCGGUGAUCUGUCAGACAGUGAAGAGAGCAUGUUUUCUGGUCUGGAGGAUUCAGGGAGUGACAACAGUGAUGAGGAAGAUGACCGUGAGGGGGACGAGAGUGAUGAAGACAGUGACAGUGGAGUUGAAAAGAAUAGUGUGAAGAAGGAUAUCAAGGUCAGGAAAGAGGAAGGUGAAAGCUGCGGAAAGUUGGUAGAGUCAGACAGCACCCUGCGGCCAGAGCAGUCGGGGUUGACCCCUCCUGUGGAUGAAUACAAGGAGGACAGCUCGGAUGAAGAGGAUAUCCGGAAUACUGUGGGUAAUAUCCCUAUGGAAUGGUACAAAGACUAUCCACACAUUGGAUAUGACUUAGAUGGGAAAAAGAUCUACAAACCAAUCCGAAAUAAGGAUGAACUGGAUGAAUUUCUGGAUAAAAUGGAGAAUCCGGAUUACUGGCGUACCGUUCCAGAUAAGAUGACUGGCACUGACAUCCGGCUUACAGAUGAACAAAUCGACCUUGUUCACAGGAUUCAGAAGGGACAGUUUGGAGAUGCCAAGUUUGACCCACAUCAGCCCUCCAUUGAUUUCUUUACCCAUGAGACGAUGAUUCACCCUGUGACCAACCAUCCAGCUCACAAACGCAGCUUCAUUCCAUCACUCAUUGAGAAGGAAAAGGUGUCAAAGCUCGUGCAUGCAAUCAAAAUGGGCUGGAUCAAACCGCGCAGGCCUCGCAAUGACACCCCACGGUACUAUGACCUGUGGGCGAAGGAAGACCCCAAUGCAAUCCUAGGUCGGCAUAAGAUGCAUGUUCCUGCUCCAAAGCUGAAGCUCCCAGGGCACGAAGAGUCUUAUAACCCUCCACCUGAAUAUUUAUUAACAGAGGAAGAGAGACUUGCCUGGGAACAGCAGGAGCCUGAGGAACGGAAACUUAACUUCCUCCCGCAGAAGUUUCCAUCUUUGCGUGCUGUGCCGGCGUUCUCACGUUUCAUCCACGAGCGCUUCGAGCGGUGCCUCGAUCUCUACCUCUGUCCGCGACAGCGGAAGAUGCGGGUGAACGUGGACCCAGACGAUCUGAUACCAAAGCUUCCCAAGCCGAAAGACCUGCAGCCAUUCCCAACCACUCAAGCUCUGGUUUACACAGGCCACACGAACCUGGUACGGUGCAUCAGUGUCUCUCCCAGCGGCCAGUGGCUGGCGUCAGGUUCAGAUGACUACACAGUUCGCUUCUGGGAGGUUGCCACAGCCCGCUGCUUGAAGACCAUUGAGGUGGAAGGAGCUGUGAAGAGCAUUGCUUGGAGCCCUAACCCUGUUCACUGUCUUGUAGCGUUGGCUGUUGAACACUCCGUCAUCAUCAUCAAUCCCUGUCUGGGUGAUAAGUUAUUGUACACCACCACCGACCAGCUAAUCGCAUCGUUCGAGAAGCCUGACGAGGAGCCGCCCCAGCCCGUGGAGUGGACAGUGGCUGAGGGAGAGACUUUUGAUGCAGGAUUCCGACUGAUCAUCAAGCACGACAAGCUGGUGAAGCAGGUAACGUGGCACGGCAAGGGUGACUACUUUGCCUCAGUUAUUCCGGAGAAUGGCAACGCCCAGGUCCUCAUCCAUCAGCUGAGCCGGCGGCGCAGUCAGAACCCUUUCCGCAGGAACAAAGGAAUGGUGCAGUGUGUCCGUUUCCACCCUGUCCGGCCCUUCUUCUUCGUGGCCACACAGCGCUAUGUCCGUGUGUACAACCUCCUCAAGCAGGAACUCACCAAGAAACUGAUGACCAACUGCAAGUGGGUGUCCAGCAUGGCCAUCCACCCUGGGGGAGAUAAUGUGAUCUGUGGAAGUUAUGACAGCCGCCUGGCCUGGUUCGACCUGGAUCUCUCCACCAAGCCUUACAAAGUGCUCAGGCAUCACAAGAGAGCUCUGCGAGGUGUAGCUUUCCACAGGCAUUAUCCGCUUUUUGCCUCAGCAUCUGACGAUGGCACGGUCAUUGUCUGCCAUGGAAUGGUGUACAGCGACCUGCUCCAGAACCCGCUGAUUGCACCCGUGAAGCUGCUGAGGGGCCAUGAAAUCACCCGUGACCUGGGCGUGCUGGACGUCACCUUUCAUCCCACCCAGCCGUGGGUUUUCUCCGCAGGAGCAGACAGCACCAUCCGCCUCUACACCUAGUGCUUGCCCCGCAGCCUUCUGCUUCACAAUGUUGCUCUCGGCAGAGGUUUGGGGGAUGGGGGGGGGGGGGAGUAGAAGACAGCCCUUUCUUCAGGGUUACCUGGAGACAGAUGGAUCUAAUCUGCUACGUACUGCCUCUGGAUACAGUCCCACGAACGGAAUCAUCAUUUGGACGCAGGCCCACAAUCACACCUCUGCCUCCGGCAGACGCUGCUUCACUCCACUGUCCUCCAACCCGUGCCGGGUGCUGCCCCUCUCUGGAACAGGACUUCCCACACAGCACAGCAGGACUCUGCAUUGCCAAAAUGUGGUUCUUAUUAAACUGCUCUGAAUGAUUCCACUGAAAUGUUUCUGUUGAACAUUUUCUCGAGCUGGUGUCUGUUUAAAUAAGCAGGGUCGGUGCUGGAUUCCCAACGGGCCUGAGCCCUUCAGGUUGGAAGAUUCGCAGGCAACAAAGUUGAAACUGCAAAUCCCUUUUCCCCUCCUUGCCUCAGACCAGGGUCGGAGGAUGAAGGGAACUGAGAAUCUCUGACUUAAAGGAAUAAAUGGCUAACCUUUGUGCUAGAGUUACUUCAGUCUCUCAUGAUCACUUGCUCAUAGCCAAUUCAAUAACUUUCCAAUUCAUCAGCUAAGUAGAGAGCAUGUUACAGCCACAGGAGCUAUUACAACUCAGGGUGUAGGAGUCCCGAGUUCAAACACCCUUCCUGUGUACGCAGGCGUUUCCUCCCACCAUCCAAAAUGUACUGGUUAAUUGAUAAUUCUAGCUUGUCCCAGGAUUAGGCUAGGGUUAAACUGGAGUCUGCUGGUAGCAUGGCAGGGCCUGUUCCACACUAUCUCUCUAAGUAAGUAACUGAAAUUCAGCCAAAGGUGGGGUGAGCCUCGCUCAGACCAAUCUCCAACAAUAGAGGUAAGAGGGCCACAACCCGGCCUGAAAUAUCAGCUGAGCCAGACACUGUUUGUGAAAUGAAUAUAUUUGGAGCAGAUAUACACUUUAAAUCUUUGUAUAAUUUGACCCAUAUACUUUCUCCAAUUUACAUUGAUCCUGCAAUCAGCUCUUUUAUUAUUAAAGAUUAUUUCUGUACCAUCCUUUGAUCCCUAGUAGGUUCAAACAUUUAAAACCCACACCAGGUGUAAGUGGAGGCAUCUCAUGUGGAACAGCUGCCUGGAGGUCACCGAGGGGGGGGAAGCCUGCACGCAAAAGGCCUGGCAGUAACGGGUACUAUCUCCAGUGCCUGGAGCUCCUGUCGGCAGCCUCGCCCACGUGUAAAACACAGCAGGUAUGUGGGGCAGGGACUCGGAAUAAUUCACAAAAUGGUCUUUGCAGGUUCUGUGGAAGCCCUCUUCACCUGUAACACACAUGAAGGCACAGGGAAUAAUUCCCCAUCUUUCCAACUUACUGUGCUCUCCCCCCCCACCCCCAGUGAAGAUAAACACUUGUUCCCUCCCUACGCCAUGCUACUCUCAGACCAGCUGCAGUGGUAUGCCCAAUUGAAGCAUCCAGUCCCACUCUCCACAGGUAACGGGGGCAGCUGAACCCACUCCCCUCAGAUUCCAGGUGGCAGGGGCCACUGUUUACCACUCAGAUGUUAAUGGUGACUGUCUCCGUGGACAACGAGGGGCCAGGCCUCUGCCAGGCUGUUAUCACCGCCACCAGACCUCCUCACUGGGAAGGGCAGUCCCGGUCCCACGCCCUGUGUCAGGGAAGGAAAGGCCAUCUCAGGAGGUGGCACAGACAGAUUCUGUGGGUCAAUUCACAACUGUGGGCACACAACACCAGGUAAGCAGAGGCCUGGAGCAUUUACAGACCCCCCCCAAUCCCCAACAACACUCACUUGGGGCACACUGGAAACUGGCAGAAUUACAAUAGUGGGUCAUUCUCUGAAACUUCAGUCAAAUCUUUGGUUCUGGGCCAUAGGAUUGUCCGACCUUCCCCGCAAACACGUCACCUCCAGGCGAAGGUGGUGGGGGGGGGGGGGGGGGAGAGGGAGACAGGAGGAGGUGGUCUCGACCCAU